AGCCAUGGGACCUAGCACACACGGAGUUCUCUUGCGAGUGCGCCGCCAACUAUAAGCGGUCGGGUUUCGCCGUCCAACCCGCAGAAAGAGAGGAAACCCCGACUUCCAUCCCGUUUCAAGGAUGUUCUUCCCAGAUGUGUCUUUUUCAGCCAUAAAUUACGCACUAGUGUUGGGAUUAACGUGCUUGACCGUCUUCGCCAACUUCACCAAAAGCUCCGCGGAGUUCUCAGGUUACCUGUCCAAAGUGUUGAGGAACUACACGGAACAGGCCUGCGACGGAGACUUCCUGUCUGUCCGUUGCCCGCCCCGAACCACCAUUACUGUCCAAUCGGCUUUCUACGGGAGGAGAGGCCCCGCCUACUUGCAGCCGUGUCCCGCACCGCUGUCUGUCCUUACUGGGGCGUGGCCAAUAGGAGAGGAGACGCCGUGUCAUGUGUCCACCUCACUGCAGAAGAUGCAGGAUGAGUGCCAGGACAGGAGGAGUUGUCAGGUGCUUGUCAACAGUCGACUCUUUGGAGCGGACCCCUGUCCAAGCACAAGCAAAUACCUCACGUUGUGGUACAAAUGCAGGCCCAAUGAGUACAAAAGUAAGGUAGUGUGCGAGGGCGAACGCAUGCGUCUGAACUGUAAGAGCGGGAUGCAGAUUGCUGUCUACUCGGCCAUGUUUGGACGCACACAGCAGGGAACACUGGAGUGUCCUCCCAACCAGAGGAGGGCGCCGUCUGUAGACUGCCAAUCAGCAACCACCCUCCAGGUUCUGACAUCCCGUUGCCAGGGGAAACAGAGCUGCAGCAUCCGGGCCUCUUCCCGUGAAUUUGGGGACCCGUGCUACGCCGGCACCCGCAAAUACCUCAACGUCAUUUACACCUGUGUUCCGAAGAAGCUCUUGCAGGAGUCCGACCCGGGUCACCCCAAGCCUCAGCCACUCCCCCCGCCGCUCCAUGACCUAAACGUGGUGGGAGACAGUGCCCCCCCUGAUGGCACCCCGCCAGUGACCACUGACGCCUCACCAGGGAAAAAAAAGAGAGAGAGGGAGACGGUGCCGUUCUCGGAGGAGAAGAGCUCGCGGCCGUCGCUGCCCCCCAGCAUCAACGCCACGGCCCUCAGCGCCGACAUGGCCCUCAUCAGCAGCGCCCUGGCAACCUACACCUACAUCGCAGAGCACACGGAGCGCACGGCGCUCUACUUUGUGUGCGGCGUGUGUGUGGGCCUCUUCCUCACGCUAUUCGCCCUGGUGGUGCAGAUCUCAUGCCGCACCGACUGCCCGCGCCGCCCCUUCCACCGGCCCUGUCGCUCCGGCUCGACCUCGGCCAACCACCACACGGGCAGCCGGCGCCGUCCGUCGGGCCGCGGGCCGCACCGCAACCGCCACGGCGGCGUUUACACGGACAGCGACUCGACGGACGACUCGGACAACUCGGACUGGGACACGUGCUCGGACCUGUCGGCGCGGCGACACCGCCGCUUCGAGCGCACGCUCAACACCAACGUGUUCACGUCGGCCGAGGAGCUGGAACGCGCCCAGCGGCUUGAGGAGCGCGAGCGCAUCAUCCGUGAGAUCUGGAUGAAUGGCCAGCCGGACGUGCCGGGCACUCGCAGCCUCAACCGCUACUACUGAGGGUCGGCCGGCGAAAACCUGCAGUCCGCCAUGGACUCGCCUCCUGCCCUCCAAGCCCAUCCCUUUGCCGACGGACACUAAAGCAAACAAACGUAAAAGGACAGGCUAAGGGCUAAGGGCUCAGUUUUGGACUUUUUUAUUUUAUUAUUAUUAUUUUGAAUUAUUUUUAUUUGAGUUAUUUGAGUUUGUGCUUGACUCCGACGGAUGUGACGUUAAGAUCAGUGUGUGCCUGAGACUCUCCGCGUCUGAUGCUCUCCGCGCACUCUCUCCAGCUCUCUCCUCCCCCUCUGUCGUGGGAACGGGCUGCCUCUUGGGUCGGGUCGGGUCGGGUCACAGCGCCGGUCCAGCUUCACUCCCACACGUCAGCCUCAAACACAGGGGCCCCUGAGGUGACCCUACUGGGUCGACACUACUCUGCACUUGGCUUCCUGACGUCUAACCAAGCCACUCUUCCUAGAAGUGGAGGGUGAUGGUUGUUAGAGUUUAUUUUAUUUCAAAAACCCAAAAGGACUUAAAAAAGAGCCUUAUGGAACAUGUUUUUGAUUUGUGGCAGCUCUGGAUGGACACUAAAUGCGGUUGUGUGGACAGGACCUCUGCUCUGGCACACGCUCUUUUCUUUUUCUCUCAGUCUUUGUCCUCACAGAAGGUCGACACUUUCAGCAGCAUUCAAACACACAGGAAGAACAAAAGAAUACUGCCUAAACUCGAGGUCUGUUGAAGGACAUUUUUUUAUAAUAUAUAUAUAUAUAUAUAUAUAUAUAUAU